CCAGCGUCGACUCAAGUUUUUAUUCCCCCGUCAAAUUUGCCCCCGCCGAAAGCGCUUAAUUUUGACGACAAUUUAGCCACCGCAUGGAAAUCGUGGAAAGCAGCGUGGCAGCGCUACGAAAUCGCUACUGGUGUUUAUAAACAAGAGGGCAUAGUUCGUGUGUCGACAUUACUAAGCAUUAUAGGCGAGGAUGGCGUCAGAGCCCACGAUACCUUUAUUUGGAACGAAGACGAAAACGCAGACGACAUUUCACAAGUCCUGAAGAAGUUCGACGAAUUCUGCAUUCCUAGGACACAGGUCAUAUAUGAACGCUACAGGUUCAACAACCGAAACCAGGAACCAGGCGAAAACAUCUCGACGUAUCUUACGGAGCUUCGAACGAUCGCAAAAAACUGUGCACACGAUACAAUCACACCAGAUGAAAUUUUGCGUGACCGCCUCGUGCUAGGCAUACGGGAUGAUCGCGUCCGCGAGAGACUUCUCCGUUUGAAUGAUUUAUCUCUCCUACAAGCAGUUGACAUUAUUAAGUCGUCAGAACAGACCCAACAGCAAGUAAAGCUAAUGGCUGGAGGA